AUGUUGGAGCGUUAUCGCAGCCUUCGCACGAAUGGUGUUAACAAUCUGGACAGCUUAGUCGUUUCCGAUACCAGCGGCUCUCAAAGCUUAAUUGAAAUGCGUUGGACCAAGGAGGCUCGCCGCGAUAGUUUGUUUGGAAACGACUUAGAAGCGUUCAGUCCUAAUCCUUCAGAUGAUAGCUUCGCAAAAUUCGCCUUACAGCCAGGCACAUUUAACUGUGGUUCCUUUCGUACUAAACAGGAUUACCAAAGCAAAGGCCAAGUUGUUUUGCAAGUCAUUGCAGUGAUUAUUGAUGAUCGUUUAGCUGUAACACCCUUUUGGUGCCUAGCUGCCAUUCGGAUCCCCUGGUUCGGGCCAGUUCUGAACGAGCCGUUGAGCGCCAAGCGAGGGAAGCAAAGCUGCCAACACACACACACAGUUGCCCAUCCACACUGCCGGCAAAGCAAAACUACAGCUGAAAUUGCCGCUGAUCGGCCUGGUCAGAGUCCAGUAAUUCCAUUAACCACAUCCACUGAAGCGGACCAACACGUACCUGAUUCCAGCCCAUUUUGCUCAGUCGUCAGAGGAAUCCUUUUCCCGAAGCUGUCGACUUCCCUUGAAUACGUUGUUCAGUUGCCAGAAACUGUUUAUCUUGGAGACUUGACUCGGAUAUGGGUACGUGCUUGCACAAGACGGGAUGGGCUUGCAGGCGAGCCAAUCAACGUAGUAGAUAAACCUGUUUGCCUGGACAACUGUAUAAGUUCCAGUGAACUGGCUUGA